AUGGUUCGAACGUCGCAAUCGUACACAUUUUCAUCUCAGCCGUACUUUGCGGAUCGAGGUGCAUAUGGCACUGCUCACCCAAUAACUGAACGAAUAAAUCCGCAUUCAAGACCUAUAGUAUCGUACUACUUCCCAAAAGGAGUGGGCUCGUAUCAUUAUGGGGUAGGGCACCCAAUGAAACCCCAUAGAUUAACUUUGACCAACGCACUGGUCCUGGGAUACGGCUUGGACAAGCAAAUACACUAUAUGUUCGACCCGAGGCCCGCAACGGAAGCAGAGCUCACUGCCUAUCACGACAGUGAUUACAUUGACUUCCUCUCAAGGAAAGUCGAUGUUCCAAUAGUUACACCAAAAAAUCAAGUAGGGAUGAAGCAAGCAAUUGAUAAAUUCAAUUGCGUUGAAGAUUGUCCCAUUUUCGCUGAAAUGUAUGAUUUCUGCCGGAUGUACGCUGGCGGCUCGUUAGCUGGCGCAAGAAAGCUGUGCGCAGGCACCACAGAUAUAGCAAUCAACUGGUCCGGUGGACUUCAUCAUGCGAAACGCGGAGAAGCUAGUGGCUUCUGCUACGUCAAUGAUAUCGUGCUAGGGAUACUCGAAUUACUGAGGUAUCAUCCUCGCGUAUUGUACAUCGACAUUGAUAUCCAUCAUGGCGACGGUGUUGAACAUGCAUUUUACCAGUCCAACCGAGUGAUGACGGUGUCCUUCCACAAAUACACCGGUGACUUCUUUCCAGGAACAGGGAAACUAGACGAUAAUGGCCACGGAUCCGGGAAAUACUUCGCAAUCAAUGUCCCUCUGCAAGACGGCAUCGACGAUGACAUGUAUCUGACAAUAUUUAAAACGGUCAUAGACGACACUGUGACCGCCUUCAGCCCGUCAGCCAUUGUACUCCAAUGCGGGGCGGACUCUCUAGGUUGCGAUCGUCUUGGCGCGUUCAACCUUUCCAUCGCUGCUCACGGGGAAUGUGUCAACUUCGUUCGGGCGUUCAACGUACCGCUUCUAGUUGUCGGUGGCGGAGGAUACACCAUUAAGAACGUCAGCCGAUGCUGGACUUACGAAACCGCGAAUCUCGUUGGUGUAGCCGUUCCCAACGAACUCCCAGCUACCGUAUACGACUCUUUCUUCGAAGACUCGCAUUGGAAACUACACCCUCCGCUAACGGGUAACAUCGAGAACCAGAACUCGCCCGCGUCGCUCCAGCGAAUCACCAUGAACAUACGAAAUAAACUGCGGUAUCUCCAAGGCGCGCCCAGUGUCGCUAUGCAAGAGAUUCCUCCGAACAUUCAGGGUUUACUGGCAGAUGAGGACCGCACCGGGGAGGAGAAGGACGAAGACAGGGGGACAGGACAAGCGGGGGAACGCCGUAAUGACCGGCAUACAGCGCGUAACGAUUUCUAUGAAGGUGAUAACGACGUUGAUAUUGGUGAUGAGGAAGAUAGCACUCGCCGCGCCGCUGCCACACCCAAACGUGGUAGGGGCAGUCGUCGCGGUAGGGCGCGUGGAAGGCCAAGGACAUCCACCGCCACCGCGAGCACGGAGAAUGCUGACGAUGGCGAAGCGACGCCGACUCCGCGGCGAGCUCGGGGAAGAGGUAGAGGAAGGGGUCGGGGACGGCCAAGGAAUGUGGACAAAAACAAGGAGAAAGAAAAUGAAAAAGAGACGGACAAAGAAAGCGUCAGCGCUUUAGAGGCAGACAAUCCCGCAACACCAAUGGAUAUUGACGCUGCUGCGCCGUAG